UGCCUGGCCGCAACGCCGCGCCACCAUCGCAAAUCUGGUUUCACCUGGCGCGCGCAUGCGCCCGACGGCCGGUUUUAUCGUUACGGGUACCGCCGUCGACUGGUGCGUGACGUUCCGUACGUGUGACCGCCGUUGUACCGUAUUUUUAUUAUUAUUUUUUUCUUCGUCUCCGCCGCCGCCGCCGCCGUUCCCCUCCGUUUGUAAUUUCGUUCGAAAUCCACUGUCGCCGCCCGUGUGCGUGUCGCGUCGUAUUGAAAUUGAAGCAGUAGAGUCGUAUACGCAGUGCGCGUCUGCCGUGUUAUUAACGAUAAUCCGUGUGUUUGGUUCGUCCGUGCGUAUUUUCCGAGCGUUGUAAAAUAUUAUAAUAUAUAUCGUGUGGUUCGCGCGAAACACGACGAAUACGUUAAAAUCGGCCGCUGUCCCGGCGAUGUGCGGUUAAACGACAGUGUCCGCGACCGUAUCGCCCGUCCGUCGCGAGUGUGUGCAACAUAUUGUUAUUGGUUAUCACUGUCAACGGCGAAGUAAUAAUAUAAACCCGACAGUUCCGAUCCGGUGUCUCGCGAGUGACCGUGUUUUCUGUUUCUGUGUCGGUGACGCUGUUUACUUUCCUCCGGAUCAUGGCCCCGGGGGCCGCACUACCCGUCGUGUUGUCGUAGCCGCGGGCGUGCAAGUGUGCGAUCGAGAUGAUGACCGUCGACCGAAAUCCUGCCUCUACCGCCUGCAAACGCUGUUGAUCGUCAGACGUCCUGCGAUAAAAAGUUACCAUGAAUCCUGAAAUGACUAUGGCCAUGAAAAGGCACGAAGAACGGGAGGCUCUGAGGAGCGUCAUUCAACAAUGGAAUGCUAAUCGACUGGAUCUAUUUGAACUUUCUGAACCAAAUGAGGAAUUACUUUUCCACGGUGUAAUGAGAUUUUACUUCCAAGAACCUGGUACGGGCCAAAAAGUUGCUACCAAAUGCAUUCGUGUUGCAUCUGAUGCAACGUCACAGGCAGUUAUUGAAACCCUUAUUGAAAAAUUUCGACCUGAUAUGAGGAUGUUAUCCGUUCCAGAAUACGCUUUAUACGAAAUACACGAGAAUGGAGAUGAAAGAAAACUUGGCGUUGAUGAAAAACCAUUAUUAGUACAAUUGAACUGGCACAAAGACGACCGCGAAGGCAGAUUUUUAUUACGUCGAAUAGAUGAAAAAACAAAUAUGCCUGCCGGGACGUUUCAAGAAGCGGGAUCAAGUUUUAAGCGAAAGCUAUCAAAACGAGAAAAAAAACAGUUGAAAAAGCAAGAAAAACUAAAUCGCGCGAAAAGUCAUGGUUUGAGCACAAAUGAUGAAAAUGAUGCUGGCGUUGCUGAAAAACUAUACACAGAGUUACCAGAAACAAGUUUCACUCGAUCAAUCUCUAAUCCAGAAGCAGUUAUGCGACGCCGACGUCAACAAAAAUUAGAAAGAAAAUUACAAGCAUUUAGAAGUAAAGAUGGUGGCCCUGAUACAGGUGGUACUCUCAAAAUUUAUGGUGAAUCCCUCUGUAGAGAUGUGCCAUAUAAAACUCUAUUAUUAUCUAUUAGAGAUACUGCCCAACAAGUUGUUAAAGAAAUGUUAGCUAAAUAUGGUCUAGAUAAAGUGGAUCCUCAUAAUUUUUGUCUUGUUCAGGUAAACAAUGCAAUCACAUUGAAUGAAAAUAAUUCUGGAUUGAACAACGGAGUUUCAGAAAAUAAAGAAAUACUCAACAAUAAUAAUAGGGAAUAUAUACUUGAUGAUGACGAGUGUCCAUUAGCUAUUUUAAUGAAUCAUCCACAAACUAGAGGUUCGAUCAUGUUCCAUGUGCGACGGAGGCCGGCCGAUUAUCAUCCUAGAAAACGGAAAAAGAAACCGACACACAAGUGGAACCAGCAAAACAGCACUAGCGAAAUGUUGGAAUACCGAUACGAGGACGGUCUGGAUAGAUUGCCGUUCUUUUUAGAGCUCAAUGCUGAUGGUAUGGAAAUGGUGAACCCCAAACGGUACCGAAUUCAUCCCAAUGUGACUGAAGUGGGUUGCGAGAGACAGAAUCAACCAAGUAAUGCUCAAUGUCUUCAACUCAACGGUCCCAACAUCCAACCCCGACAUUGCGUAAUCGCGCACACAGAGGGCAUUGUCACUGUGACGCCCUGUAGCAGAGAUGCGGAGACUUAUGUCGGCGGGCAACGGAUAUUCGAGACCACUAUACUUCAGAACGGCUCAAUAGUGAAAUUCGGUCGACUGAACAAUCUUAGGUUCUUGGAUCCAUGUUACGACGAACGACCGCGACCUCGUAACAAUUCCCUGAGAAACGUUCAAGACUACUACGACAGUGGGUCGGUAGACAACACCCAGCACUCAGCCGUUAUGCAACAAAACUUUGAGACAACUUUUGACGUGGACGGUAAUAUUGAAACGCGCUCCACUUCUAGCCAAGGGAAUAAGGAUGACACUAGAUCGCAGAGAUCGAUCACAAGCAGCCGUGAUGGCAAUCGAUUGUCUGCUGUAUAUGGUCGCACCAGCACUGCCCCGGUUGCAGACAACAUUUUACCUUGCGUCCUAGAAGUACGGGAAGAGACUGAAGAAGCGUGGAUUCAUGCGGUUACCAUGGAUGUUGAUCCGUCGACGCUAACGUUUAAACAUGCUCCCGCUUAUUGUCUGUACCUAUUGGCUAGGUAUAGGGCAUCGACUUCGUAUCGACCCGACGUCACACCGAUGGAACGAGCCAAUCGUUUAUCAUUAACUUUUGCUAAAGUCGCCACUAUACUAUAUACUAUGAUACAGGGAAAACAAAAUGAUUUGACUUUACUAUCAUUUUGGCUCGCAAUCGUCACUGAAUUACGACAAUUUUUACAUAGUGAUCGCCAUUUGUCUAAUUUUUUAACGGAGACCAUUGAAAUGCUCCACGACACCCAGCAAGCGGCUAUGCGAUUUAUUGUUGAGUGUAUACUGGAAGAACUGAUGUCGGUGUUGCCUGACCUUUUUGCAGAUAACACGGAUGCUGAUAACGAACACUUACCCGCUAAUUCGAUCGUCAGUAAGCUUGGUACAAUGAUGACCACACUUCGUGAAGGCCGCGUGAACGCGUCUCUGACAAUUCAAGUAUACAAUCAAGUAUUUAGAUUCAUCAAUGCUUGGGCGUUUAACCGUCUAAUCACCGCUGAUACGAGUUACUACACGCGCGCUUGGGGUGCGCGUUUGAAGUCACGUAUUGGUCGUUUGCAGGCGUGGGCCGAAAGACAGGGCUUAGAAGUUUCCGCCGACUGUCAGUUGGCGUUGAUUUCUCAAGCUGCGGACUUGCUGCACGCUCCAAAAUAUACCGGCGAAGAUUUGGCAAGCAUCACUUCCACGUGUUUCAAGCUUAAUUCGCUGCAGCUCAAAGCCCUGUUAGUUAAAUAUCAACCAGCGCCCGAUGAACCGAGACUACCUCAUGAACUCAUAGACAACGUUGUUCGGGUUGCUGAAAAUUUGGCGGAUGAACUUGCUCGGUCAGAUGGCCGUGAGAUACGGCUGGAGGAAGAAGACGAACUCAUGAUCACAUUUGUACAACCUGAAGAAGGGUUCAGCUACGAGGUGGCUAGAGGCGUACCUCCGGGUCUCAUUGAAUUUAUUCAACCUCUCCAACAAGCUGGUAUGUGUCGUUUGACACUUCACUCAAACGCGUCUGGAUUGUGGACCGUCUACUUUUUGCCUAACGCCCGAAGUCCGAGCGCGUUAAGUAAUAGGAGUGGUGGUUGUGCUAUGCAAGCACCUGAACCGGACGUACAAACAAUACGGUUGCACAAGUCCAACAACGGAAUGGGUUUGAGCAUUGUGGCGGCAAAGGGUGCUGGCCAAGAACGACUAGGUAUUUACAUAAAAUCUGUAGUGAAAGGAGGCGCUGCGGACGCGGACGGAAGACUUCAAGCUGGCGAUCAACUGUUAAAAGUUGACGGACAAAGUCUUGUUGGCAUCACUCAAGAAAAGGCAGCGGAAUAUUUGGUACGUACGGGACCGAUUGUGUCAUUAGAAGUAGCUAAACAAGGUGCUAUACACCAUGGUCUGGCUACGUUACUUUCUCAGCCAUCUCCUGUCAUGACUAGAGGUGUUGGUGGUGGUGGUAUUGCAGGUAGAACAAACGUAGCGUGCUGCAGGGAUCCUACGCAACCCCGCUUUGGGCACAUGCCUUCUUACAAACCCCCAUCCGAUUAUCUGUCAGUGCCGGACGUCCGUAAGAAAUGCUAUAAAAUACCACCGGAAAAUGAGCUGUGCUUGUGUGAGGACAUCUUCCAACAGCACCAAGCCAAGCUGAUCAACUGUGACGUGGAGGACGCUAGCGCUGUUGAGUCAUACAAAGACCCAGACUUCGAUUCCAAUGAAAAUGUGUUUGACGGUAUGGUCAAUAAUGAGUGUUGUUGUGGUGAAGGCGGCAGUGGUGGCGAUAACUGCGACGAAGGCAAAUCGCUCAAGUCAUCUUCGUCAUCGUUGUCUUCUGUCAUAAGUGCUAAAGACGACCGUAAUAAUAGCGCCGUGGAAGAAAUCGCGAGUAGCCAGAAUAACAAACUUACGGCUGAAGAACGGAACAAAGUGCUCCGUGAACUUGAAGAUAUCGUAACAGGAAAUUUUCUGACCAAAGUUCGGCGAUUUAGUCAAGACGUUCAUUCAGACUCUUCUGCUGAUGACGACCAUCGCUUUGGUGGUGCCAGUCAUUUACAGCUAACCUCCGCCGCAGCCACGUCUAGGCUACGUGGCAAACGAUCCAGUUCAUUGGAUACGGAUGAGAUCGUCAACUAUGGUAAAGUGGCAGAGCUGACCCAGAGGUUCUCCAGGUUGGGCGAGAUCGGCGUUAUUACGCCCCGACACUACAGGUCCGAACCCGAUUUCUUCGGCAUCUCUGCGACUUCUGAUCAUCAUUUUCGCCAUCAUCAUCACCACCGCGAAAACGAUUUUUCGUUGUCCUCGUCCUCGUCGUUCGAUGGUGGAAAUAGUGUUGGUGGUGUUGAUGUUACGAGCAGUGGUGAUGAUUACGAAGUGGUCCGUCAACCCAUUCGAAUGGUGUUUAUACGGCCUAUGAGCGUUAGUGACGAUCGACUGAACAACAGGAGCGGUGGUGUCGUUUUGACCGAAGUGACGAGCGACGGCGAGGCUGACGUGCAUCAGCAACAGCAGCGAACUUUAUCGAACGCGACGCAAAACAGGCGACAGUCUUUCAGGAAGAGCGUUGCAUUCGAUAGUUCCCUGAGUUCAGUCGAUGAUGGUGUCGGUGUCGGUGUCGACUGUGCAAGCGGUGACGAUGCGACAGUGACUCGUUACCAUCAGCUGAAGGGCGGAUGCCAGCAACCCCAGACAACUCUUAACUGGCAGCCGGCAGCGACUGAUCACCGAGCCGCCACCGUCAAUUACAGCAAAAGCUCGGACACAGUGUCCGUGUCGAACUUUUGUCGGUCUCAUAGGCGAUACUCAAGCGUAGACGUGUACGACCAAGUGAAAAAUGUGUUCCUGGACGUGGAGAAAACGGAAAAAGAGUUUCGAGACGGGCUGUUAGCCGAAAAAAACCGGCGCCGGGAAGCCAUCCGAGAUUACAUGGCCAACAAGGAGCUACUGCUGAUGAAGAUGAAGUCGGCUAGUGUGGGUGGUGUGCUGCGUUGGAACCAGGAGCAUCAGGAUACGCUCUUGGAUGAAGAGGAACCGCCACAGUCGCACGAUUCGGACGGCGGAUCGUCCGAAUCUUCAUCGUCGUCACCGCCGCCCAAGGAUGGUCUACGGCGAGUCCUCCGCACCGGAUUAAAAGGUCCUCGUCGUAUGAGCGAACGGGACCUACCGUCUCGGGUGUUGAGCGAACAACAAAACAUCAACUCCAGAGGUCCACCACCUCACCAUCUGUCACAAAUUCAAAGUUCGAAAUCCGUCCCUUCUCUCCACAGCGUUGAAGGGGCCAGCACAUCCAUACCUCCCGUAGUCGGUAGACCACCAACUCAACACGAAGUAUUUAAUCCUGGAUAUAAUCGCACUUCAACUACAUAUAAUCUUCAUCAACAAAAUACACUUAGAUCUCGGUCUAGCCAUAAUCUAAAUGAUCCUCGUCCACACUCCCAAAUGGCUAACCGUCAACCAUCUAAUCCAAAUCUCUUAAACGGAAACUAUCAACCAGAAAGAUCACCAUCUGUACACCCGAGUGUAUAUCAACCACAACAGCAUCCUGCAUACCAACAGCAUGUACAGCAACAGCUGUUGAUGCAACAACAGUAUAAUAGUCCUACUCCAGAAGCGACUAGUGAACGUUUUUAUCAAAACGUUAAUCAAAUAUACAGAAACCAAGAUCAAAAUGGAUAUGGACCACCUGGAAAAUUGCCAAGUCCACCUGAUGAAAGAACUCCAAAUCAAUUGCAAAAGAGUUUUAGAGGUUCACAAUCAUCGUUGCAAAGCAGACAAAGCUCAGACACUACACAACAUUUAAAAGACAGACCAACAUCGGCAUAUAUAUCUAAUAAGGACACUUAUAAUUUACAGAAUCAAGGAAUGACAAUGCGUUCUCAAUCAUCGCGGGAUAUGUUGAGACAGGAUGCAAAAUUGCAAGAGAUGACUGAAGAAGUUCGUAGACGUGAAAUGAGGUCUAGUGGAGUCAUGUCCCCUCACCAAUAUGCUACACAACAGAGACCACCACAUAAUCGUGCUCAGCCUUAUCACGGUUACCAGGAAGCCAAACCUACUACCCCAUAUCUUGGAGAUCAAAUAAAAUCACAACAAGAUAUUGUUCGUUCUCAACAAUUUAAUCAGCCAAUGAGAGCUACUAUUCCUGAGCCCAUGCCACCAGCAUACAGAGAAUCACCACCACCACCUCCUCCACCACCAACCUCAACUCACCCACUGUACCAGACAAGUCCUCCACGUAAUGAGCCUAACCGAUAUAUGGCCAGUGGUGGUGAACCUCCUAGAGGUGGUUUCUAUCAGACACCAACAGAGCCAUCCAAGCAAUAUCCAUAUCAGGGAACUAAUCCUUGGCAAAGAGAAGAAAAAGAAAAAGAAGCAGAACGUAGGAGAGAAGCUGCUAGAAUGUGGCGUGAUCAACAAAUGAGUGAACUUGUUGCACUUGGACAAAACAGAUCUGUUAGUCAAGAAGAACAAUUGCGGGCUUUAAGGUUAGAGAAAGAAUUUGAACGUAGGGCUCAAGAAGAAGGAGAAGAUGAUGAUGAUGAUGAUCAAGAGGCAAAUGAAAGAGUUCAACAAUUGAUGCGAAGUGCUCAACAACAAAGUGAUAGGAGACCGCCUGCAAAUAUAGUUCGGACUCCAAACAAUAAUUUUAGUUACAUGAAUGGUUCACAAAGAGGUCCACAACCUGUACCUUCUAAUGGAAUUAGUGAUGAAAAAGAACGGUUAAGAAGACUAAAAGAAAUGAAAACAAAACAAGUGGAGAUGGAAGCCAUGAGAGAAGCAGAAUUGAAAAUUAAAAGAAAGGAGGAAGAACUCAAGUAUCAACAACAACAGCAACAGCUAAUGAAUCAAUCAUAUAAUAACAAUACACCUAAUAGACUUAACCGUUCUGUGAAUCCACCUAACAACUUAUCAUUGGAUAAUUCUGGUUAUGGUUAUAGUUUGACUUCACAAGGAAGUUUGCCAUCUCAACGAUUGGACAAUUUACUGGGGGGUCCCAACAACAAUGAUCCGCCACAGCCACCCGAGCGUGGAUCUUCAUAUGCUAUCAUGAGCCAAGUGGAAACUAAAGCAACCCCACCUAGAGCGCAAGUUCUUACAUCAACACCAAAUGGAGUAGUAACUACACCAAAUGCAAACACCACACCUAAACGUGUAUCAUUCCAAGAUCCAACAUCAAUGCCACCCUCACCACCUUCUCCAACAUUGGAGAAAAUUAUUGAAGAUCCUGAUAAUUUCAUUGAUCAGGCAGAAACAAUGUUAGCAUCACCGCGAAGUCCAGACAUUCAGUUUACAAGUGGUAAUACGCCAGGCGUGAUCGGAUCACAAGAAGUAUACAGAGAUCCAAGACAGCGUUUACUAGCUGAGCAACAAAAACAACAAAUGUCUAACAAAGCAGGUAGUACUGUACCAGAAAAAUUAAGUUUUAAAGAGAAAAUGAAAAUGUUUGCCAUGGAAACUGGAGAAGACGGUACGCCUAAAGAUAAAGUAAAAAUAUCUAAAGCUCAACGAGAGAUUGAUAACUUAGGAGCAUCAAGUACACCUUUGACUAACUAAAUAAUAUCAUUAUUUAAACAAUAUUUUUUAGAAAUGCACUUCAACAUCCCAUUAAAGUUUAGUAAAUUUUUUUUUUUUUACAUAAAGAUUUCCUGAAAUCUUAAUUAUUAAUUAUAUUUAAGUAUUUCAUUUUUUUUUCUUAAUCAUCAUCAUAUUAUAUUUAAUAAGUACAAUUCUUAAAUUUGUGAUUUAUUAUAGUUGAAUAUUAAACUAUAGUUUAUUUUCUAUUAUAUUGUAUUGUUAUAUUGUUGAAAGUAAUAGCGUUUAAAUUAUUAUCGUUGAAUAGUUGUACCAUCGUGUUUUAUAUUUAAUUUUUGCUACUUUAUAUAAAGUAUCACACUAUAUUUUUUCGAUCAUGAGUUUCGAACAAUUUCAAUCACUAAAUUGGUUCACAAAUUAUUCAAGAUCUACUUAGAGCAAUACAUUGUAUACAAUAUAUUUAAGGAUCAAUAUUGUUGUCUAAACAAUCAAACAUUUCAUAUUAUUAUUAUUAUUAUUAUGAUCAUUUUUAUUAUUACUAUUUUUUUUUAUAAAUAUAUACAUUUAACUUAUUGUAAACUCUUAGUUAAAUUUUUUUAUUUUGUUUUAAUAAAUUUAUUUGAGUUGAAAAGAAUAGUAAAGAAAUUUAAAUAAAAAAAGUUAUAUUAUUUAAUUAUAAAAUGUUGUUUGUACAUUUUUGUGUAAAACGAAUAUAAUUUCGAUUUCUAAAAGUAUUUUAUAAUAUUACUGUAUUAUUACUACAUUAUAAUAUUUAUUAUUCAUUUUUAUCAAUACUAUUGUAAUUAUUAUUAUUAAAUGUAAAAAUACAACAAAAUUAUAUAUACAUAUAUAUAAAUAUAUUUACAUAAUAUAGUUAAUAUCGUAUCUUUUUUUUAAAAUAUAUAAAUUUUUAGUGUU